AUGCGGGCAGCAGAGGGGACGUUGCGGUACCGGCUACAGGAGACGCGUGCACUGGUGUGGCGCGCGCUGGUGCCCAACGAUCGCCCAACACCGUUCUUUACCCUGCUGACUGUCACUGGAAACGGCGCCCAGCUUAUUCGCGGCUUUGACAUUUUGCUGUCGCUUUCAUGCAGCGCCCAUACAACGCCAUGGUGUGCGUUGGGACUCUCAAAUACCAUUGUGAAUAUGAUAUACGCAAUUGUGCUCAUGUGGCGAAUGCGCUACCGCAUUGAGCAGGGAAUACCACUGGAGCUGAGUACUUUCCGUCUCUUCUUUAUGGAGCCAAUCAACAUAGCAUUUUUGGUGUACGUCGUUUGGGAGAUCUUUUGGAUGCUCGGUGCCUCGUGGAUAGCCACAACGCCUCUAGUGCACGAUGCCUGUGGCACCUAUAUCUCCGUUCAGCUCGGAUGCUGCAGCGUGCUUCUUAUCCUGGGAACCGCACUACUGUUGUUCACCUUUAUGACUGAGCUGUUAAGGAAACCGCGGUGGCGACUGCAUGCAAAUGAGAUAUGGCGCCGAAGAUAUUCAACGCGCGGGUCCGCCCCGUUAAACCUCACAAACAUACUUCGCGAUGAUCACCGCACUGACAUGGGGACUAUUCCGGAGAGUCUGCGGUGCCAUACGCAUGAGGAGGAACAGCAGGGGGAGGAGGCGAUGGUGUUUGCGGGGCAGGCGCAAACGUCGCGUCUGAGAGGCAUGGUGGCGGGCAGCACGGAUGCCGGUGUCUCUGGGGAGGGGAGCCGCAGGCAGGGCAAUACACUUUUUCCCACGGAGAACGAAGGCGGUUCCCCACGCAGGGCCAUCUCCUGUUUUUCUCCCCGGGCGUGUGAGCAAGGCGCAUAA